AUGCUGAACUUGAUUCGAGUUGAAGGAAAAGUAUGUAAACUUAGUGUUGAAGAAUCUGCUAGUUAUUUCCACUCUCGACCUGUUGGCAGUCAGAUUGGUGCUUGUGUGAGUCGUCAGAGCUUACCAAUUCAUAGUAGACAGGUACUACUUGAUAAAGAGAAAGAACUGAUGGAUAAAUUUGGAAAAAAAGAAAAAGUCCCUCUUCCUGAAUAUUGGGGAGGCUAUUGCAUAUAUCCAAGUAAUAUCGAGUUUUGGCAAGGUCAAAGUAAUCGACUGCAUGACAGAAUACAAUUUCGAAGAAAGGAGGAAAAUGAUUUACUCGAAAAUGUAGAAUGUUGGAAAGAGGGAGAAAAUGGGUGGAUUUACUCACGAUUGUCUCCAUGAUCAAAUUUAUUAAUGUCUUAAAUUUGUCUGUAGCUACAGUACAUCAAGUUUUAGGGCGAGAAUUUAAUAUAUUUUACUGACAGAAAUAGCCUAAAUAUGAAGUUCAAUUAUUUUAAACGGAGCAAAUAGUUUCAUACUUUCAUUCAUUUAACUCCUAAAAACCGUAUUUCUCAUGGACUGACGCGGAUUAUUUUUAAUUUUUGACGAAUUUUUUUUUCAAAUCAUCAUUGAUAGCUAUUGAUAAUACAUAAUAGCUAUUGGUUUUUCAUCAUAGUUCAAACGUAAUGAAAAUUAUGAUUUCAAUUUUCAGUAACUUAUUACAAUUCUUGCGUUGAAGAAUUUUUUAUUCUUGUUGAUGACAUACAAUGUUGAUGAAUAUUUAAUUUAUUUAAAACAUUGGCUAUCCACGUCUGCCCUCAUUUAUAUGAUUUUUAUGUAAUAUAUAAGAUGAUAAAGUUUAAGGUAUAAGGUUUUGGUUAUGACAAUCUGAAAAUGUA